AUGAGCUCCUCACAUGUCUUUUCCUUCCUUUGUCUCACAGUAGUUGAACAGCGGGAUGACAUGACAAACCACACAGUGAAUGCAGGUUUCUUCCUCAUGGAAUUCCCUGGCAGCAAGCAGCUCCAGGUACUCCAGGGCUUUCUGUUUCUGCUGAUUUACUUGGUAUCCCUCAGGGGGAACUUUCUCAUCAUCAUGCUUGUCACUGUGGACCAGUGUCUUCACACCCCCAUGUACUUCUUCCUGAAGAACUUGUCCUUCUCCAAUGUGUGCUUCAUUUCGGUCACAGUCCCAAAGCUCUUUCUCAGCUCUUUGUCUCACAGGAGCACUAUCUCUUUCCCAGGAUGUGUGUGUCAGGUCUUGUUUGUGGUUUCCUUUGUUGCAACUGAAAUUUCCAUCCUCACAACCAUAUCCUAUGACCGCUAUGUGGCCAUCUGUCACCCACUACAGUAUGAUGCCAUCAUGAACAGGGCAGUCUGUGUGCAGAUGGUAGUUGCUUCUUGGUUUUUUGGAAAUCUUUUUGGGGCCUUAUAUUCAUAUGGCACCUUCUCUUUAUCUUUCUGUGGUUCCAGAAAAGUGCCACAGUUCUUCUGUGAUGUCCCAUCUCUACUGAAGAUUUCUUGCUCAAAGAUGCACAUCGUUGUUGACAUUAGUGUACUCACUGGAGCUGGGUAUGGAUGUUUCUGCUUAGUGUGCAUAGUAUGUUCAUAUGUUUACAUUUUCUACAUGGUGCUGAGAAUGCCCUUGUCACAAGGGAGGUCGAAAGCCUUCUCUACUUGCACACCCUAUCUCAUAGUCAUCACCACAUUUUUAGUCACAACUUUCACUGCUUAUUUGAAACCAUUUCCUGAUUCCCCACGGAUUUGGGAUUUUUUGUUAUCUGUUCUCUAUUUUGCGAUGCCUCCAUCUUUGAAUCCUGUAACAUACAGCCUAAGAAAUAAGGAAAUCAAAGCUGCUUUGUGGAACUUUUAUGGAAAGUAG